UCAAUGUGUAUCUAGAAUGAAUUGCUUUCAGAGAAGGUUGGAGGUUUAUAGUCAUCACUAACAUUUCUUGGCGUCCGUAGUUGUUCAAUUUUAGAGGAGAACUGAAAGGAAAGCGGACGGAUUUGGUUACGUUUGUUACUUUUGGCUUGAUCGAGGAGAAAAUAUAACAUSAUAACGAACACCUUCAAACUGCAGAAGGUAUAACGGUGGUAACUGGACGACAUGGUGAAAACAGUUUGAGACAGCUGUGUUAACGGCCGUUGUGGUUUGUAAAUAUUCUAGGAAUGUAUCUCGUGUUUCAGUACGAUACUAGCCGGCAUUUUAAUAUAUGAAUCAUCGUUGAUCAGACUUUUCAUUUAAGCUUAUAACCCACCUUGAGCUAAUAAAAGCAAACACACUGAUCUCGUACGGACACGAUUUGAACUACUUGUCCUACUUCAGUGUGCAGUUUCAACAAAUUCKAAAGUUUUGCAACUCUUAUGAUGUAAUCACCGUUGAAAGAGUAAAAUUAUCGAAUUCAAAUUGACAAUAUUKAAACAAAUCCAGUCUACAAAGGAACUCGAUUGUUUAGCAAUUUCAUCAGGAAUAAUCUUCAGAUUCAGCUAACUGGACCAUCGUCGAUGUUCAUAUCUGAAAGWGUAAUUUGAUACCCAUUGCAUUUUGGAAGCAGCCGAUUGAAGAAGAGCUGGAUUCCUAUUAUGCAAAAUGAGAUAUCUCAGGGUUUUAUGUUUUCUAUGCAUACGACUAUGUUCUCCUCGUCGYUCAAUCAUAUUCGCCAUUUCAAUAUGUUUGUUCUUCACAAUGUACCUACUUKUAAAUACCGGAAUGGACUUACCAGAAAGACAGAUAAGCGGAGCUAUGCAGUUGUGGAAGUCUAAAGUCAGUAAACAAAAAGAUUACUUGAAGAGCUUUGGUAAAGGGUUUUCUCCUCAGAGACCGAAAGUCAUAAAAGUAGGACCACCAGCUCUACUAUCGGAAUUCGUGUCCAUGGAAGGYGAAUGUCUGAACCAAGGGACAAAGGAAAUAAAAGAAGGAAAGUGUAUUUGCAAGGAUGGUUGGUUUGAGAAAUCGUGCAACGUCCCAGAAUCGAUUUAUUUUGCGAACCAAAUACAAAYAAGCUUACUGCAAUUACGAUAUAGCGCGCGGCGUAUCGUGUACGCCGUGCYAUUCAACCACGAAUUUGCAAUGUUAGAAGCUAUCCUUCACGACUUAUACGACCUGAUCGAUGUAUUCAUUAUAAUGGAAUCGCCAUAUACGGCAUUUGGGGUGCGUAAACCCAUCCGACUGUUGCCACGUUUACAUAGAGGGUAYCUGAAGAYGUUCCACCCAAAAAUGAUGUAUCUGUACCUUGACCAUUUUCCUACUGGUGGUAAAAAACAUGGACAUUUUGCUGAUUCGUACCUAAGGUCYUAUCUAGGGAAAAGGGGGAUGCCCUUUAUAAGAAAYCUUGCUGACGAUGAUCUGUUUUUAGUGUUUGACAUUGACGAGAUACCGUCACGUGAUUCCUUAAUAUUCCUUAAGGUGCACAACCGUUACCCAGAACCGUUUGGCUUCCGUUUCCGGUGGUCUGCGUUUGGUUAUUUCUGGAAACAUCGCCAUUAUAGUCAAGUUCCGGCUGGUUGUACUGUUGGAAUGCUAAGAAAAGUAUACCAUAAUGAUUCCAAUAUGGUGCGUGACGUACAUCACGGCGUGACUAAAAACCGCAGACAGGAAUUUAUAGAAUAUCGUCAAACUACUUUGGUUCGUUCGUGGUUUAUUGGUGAAGUAGGRCACUUUGCUGGCUGGCAUUGUUCUAGUUGUUUCAAACUAGAAGGAAUACGGAUUAAAUUUAUGUCCGCUCAAAAUGCUGAUUGGCCGCGUUGGGGUAGCAUACCUGAAAAGAUGGAUCUCAAAUUUCUUAGAAAAAUGGUUCGCGAUGGUAAAUGGUUUGAUGGAAGUCCUCUUAAUAAUAGAGCCGUUGCMAAAAUGGCCGAACCCGAUAUUGAUGACUUUUAUGCACCUCCCUACAUAUUAAAAAACCCUGAAAAGUUUAACUACUUGCUGAGGAACAUAUWUUUAGAUGAUGAAGAGAUUGAAGGGGACGAAGAAGAUGAUAUUAAAGUUUUAUAUAGUUUAGGUCAAUCAAUUUCAGUUGCUGAAAAUUUUGGACUUUGGACCAUAGGUAUAAUAGUUUUAGAAUUAUAUGUUUUGAAUUAACGAUUUUAUUAGACUCUACAAAGUAAAUCAGACAAGCAGGAAUGAUAUUCAUUAAGAGAUUUUUCACUAGUCAUGUGAUACAUUAUGUAUAAGGUCGUAUAAAGUAUUUUUGCAAAGGGAGAAUAUGUGAUGAACAACUCUGUAAUGUAAUUCAAGGCGUACAUWGCAUUUUACUAAAUAUAAAAAAUGUGUCCCACGUA